AUGUCCCCAAACACUUGGGUAAUUGAAAUGCCCGCAACUGUUCCGCAUAAGUCACGGCCGCGUCGUGUGUCGCCGUAUCAUAAUCCUCCGGUGUUGAAUGAUGCUUUUGGCCGUAAUGCGCGUCGUGGUCAGGAUCCUCUUGGACGAUCCGAGCAACCGAGGCGUCCGGAGAAUGUUGUGUUUGCUGAUAUACAAAUGAUACUUUCGGUAUUAAAGGCAACUGGUCUAUUGCCCAUUUACGAACAGAUAUCCAUGUAUGAAGUGGGACCACCAACCAAAUCCAAUGAGUUUUAUUCUUUCUUCAUUCGCGGUGUGGUUCAUGCUCUGACUGUCUUCAAUAUCUACAGUUUGUUCACUCCGAAUUCGGCUCAAUUGUUCUAUUCGUAUCGAGAAACUGACAAUGUUAACCAAUGGAUUGAAUUGCUACUCUGCAUAUUGACCUAUACUCUAACCGUUUUUGCCUGCUCGAGAAAUGCAAAGAAUAUUUUAAGGAUUAUGAACGAGAUACUGCAGCUAGAUGAGGAAAUUCGUCGUCAGUAUGGUGCAAGUUUAUCGCAAGAUUGCGGUUUCUCUGUAAAAUUUCUUGUCGGCAUUGCUGUCAGUCAGGCCUAUAUUAUAGUACUGAAAAUUUAUGCUGUGAAAGGAGUAAUUACACCCACUUCAUACAUCCUAUUGGCCUUCUACGCGAUACAAAACGGUCUGACUGCCACCUAUAUAGUCUUCGCUUCGGCCCUGCUCCGUUUCGUUUGCAUUCGCUUUCAGUUUAUCAAUAAAUUGCUCAACGGUUAUACGUACAUUCAACAGGAUAAGAAGAAAAGAAAGAAGGGUCAUCAUCAGUAUAUGGAACAAUUCUCCGAAGAUUCAUUAUUCAUUUAUCGCAUGCACAAUAGAUUGCUGAGAAUUUACAAGGACAUCAACGAGUGUUGUAGUCUGAUAUUGGUUUGCUUUUUGGGCUACUCCUUCUACACAGUGACCACAAAUUGCUACAAUCUCUUCGUACAGAUCACGGCCAAAGGCAUGAUAUCAUCGAACAUAUUACAAUGGUGUUUUGCCUGGUUGUGUUUGCACACAUCGUUAUUGGCGCUUUUGUCCCGUAGUUGUGGCUCAACCACAAGGGAGGCAAACAUUACAUCACAAAUACUGGCUAGGAUAUAUGGCAAAACCAAGGAGAAUCAAAAUAUUAUUGAUAAAUUCUUAACAAAGAGCAUUAAGCAAGAAGUACAAUUUACGGCCUAUGGUUUCUUUGCCAUUGAUAACUCGACAUUGUUCAAGAUCUUUUCGGCAGUGACCACCUACUUGGUUAUACUGAUACAAUUCAAGCAGUUGGAGGACUCCAAACUGGAUGAUAUGAUAGAACAUGGGCAAUCAACAUAA